GGCGGCGGCGAGGCGGCGGCCGAGAAGAUGGCGGACGGCGACAGCGGCAGCGAGCGCGGUGGCGGCGGCGGCGGGCCCGGCAGCUUCCAGCCCGCGCCCCGCGGCGGCGGAGGGCCUGGCGGCGAGCAGGAGACGCAGGAGCUGGCCUCGAAGCGGCUGGACAUCCAGAACAAGCGCUUCUACCUGGACGUGAAGCAGAACGCCAAGGGCCGCUUCCUCAAGAUCGCCGAGGUGGGCGCGGGCGGCUCCAAGAGCCGCCUCACGCUCUCGAUGGCGGUGGCCGCCGAGUUCCGCGACUCGCUGGGCGACUUCAUCGAGCACUACGCGCAGCUGGGUCCCAGCAGCCCGGAGCAGCUGGCGGCGGGCGCCGAGGAGGGCGGCGGGCCGCGCCGCGCGCUUAAGAGCGAGUUCCUGGUGCGCGAGAACCGCAAGUACUACCUGGACCUCAAGGAGAACCAGCGCGGCCGCUUCCUGCGCAUCCGUCAGACGGUAAACCGCGGCGGUGGAGGCUUCGGCGGGGGACCCGGGCCCGGCGGCCUGCAGAGCGGCCAGACCAUCGCGCUGCCCGCGCAGGGCCUCAUCGAGUUCCGCGACGCGCUCGCCAAGCUCAUCGACGACUACGGGGGCGAGGAUGACGAGCUGGCCGGUGGCCCGGGAGGCGGCGCCGGCGGCCCUGGGGGCGGCCUGUACGGAGAGCUCCCGGAGGGCACCUCCAUCACGGUGGACUCCAAGCGCUUCUUCUUCGACGUCGGCUGCAACAAGUACGGGGUGUUCCUGCGAGUGAGCGAGGUGAAGCCAUCCUACCGCAAUGCCAUCACCGUGCCCUUCAAGGCCUGGGGCAAGUUUGGAGGCGCCUUCUGUCGGUAUGCAGAUGAAAUGAAAGAAAUCCAGGAGCGACAGAGGGAUAAGCUUUACGAGCGACGCGGUGGGGGCAGCGGCGGUGGCGACGAGUCCGAGGGUGAGGAAGUGGAUGAGGAUUGAAGCGGCAGCUUCCCGUACUGGCCUCCCCCACCCCACCACCAUCCCCUUGGCUAGAGAGUUCCCUUUCCUACUCGUCCCCAGUGAGCUAGUGGAGAGGGAUCAGGGGAGGCCGCAGACGAAGAAAACAAAAAAUAAAAUAAUAUAGUUAAGAGAAAUAACCAUAAGAAAACAGUCACAGACAAUUAGAGAAAAGCAGUUAAGUUCCAAGGAACUGCCAGCAACCUGCAAAGAGGACAGCAGCAUCUCCUCACCUGCGCAAGAGUCUCAGCUUCUGUUGUUUAAAACCGAGGUUCGUAAAUUCAUCAGGAAAACAUUGGAGGGGAUAGAUCUUCGAACGUCUGGGACCAAAACCACAUCUGGGUUACCCAGACUCAUCCAUUGGUGAUAGUUGAAUUUGUGUUGUAGCUGGGUAAUCUGGUCUUAGGAGCCCUCCAGGCCUCACUACUGCAGCAUCUAUCCCUUCACCUCCAUCGGCAUUUUGGAUCUAGGUCUUAAUGGAAUCUUUGAGAAGAAAGAGGCCUUUGCAGUUACCCGGUUCUGAGGGUACAAGUUUAUGAAAAGGAAUGCAACUUUACACAAUCAUGGACAGGGCAAGAGAAGAAUGCAAGAAGCCAUUGGAGAAUUCAAAGGUUGGAUCCAUUUUAAAAAAUGGUUUUGCAUGGAACCUGGACCAAGGCCCCUGUCUUUUCUUUGCAGAAUUGUUUUCCGGGAUGCAAAUGAAUUCAGAUAUCAAAGCUUGAACUAGAAUCCAUUUCUAAAAUAGUUUAAAAGUUGGCAAAAAAAAAUUUUUUUCCAAAACAAAAGCAAUUUUUACAAUGGGGAUUGCUGAGGUAGGCACAAGAAGUCAGGCAUAAAGCACAAGGUGGACUGUUUGAGUGGAUUGGUUGCUGCUCACUAAAGUUCUUCCCUUGAUCUCUUAAGUAUGGAGGUCAUUACCAAGAAAUGGCUUAGCGUGAGUGAGAGCUGGAUCCCAAUGGCUCCACGGUAAGAGCUAGUGAAUUAUGGCUAAUUCGGCUGUUACAGCCACUGGCUGGCUGCAUUUUAAACCUUAAAACUUGACUAUCUGCAAAAAGGAACUGUGGCCACAACUGAGCUUUAAUGAGAUACACAUCCUCGCAGAGAAGUUGGAAAUAACCAGAACUGAAGUCUCAGUUCACCUUCAGUUUCAUCUCUGGAUUUACUGAAUACUGACGAUCGAUCCUCAGGUCCAGAAUUCCAGCAUCAUUUAUUCUUUUAAAAUAAAUUUUUAAGAACUUGAUCCAUCAUAUUCAGUACCUCACAAUCAAAGUUGGCAAAUGGUGGAUGAAUGAUUCAAGCAUUGCACCCGGUGGAAGCUGAAUCCAUCUGUGAAUGGAACUGAAGUGAACACGAAUGCUGACUCUAUCCUGGAAGCAUUUUUAUACCAUCUUGAAAUUUCAACAAACUGGCAUUUGCCAGUUUAUCCAGCUGUCUUUCAAGAAUAAAAGUUGGGGUUUUCAAGGAUCGCCUCUUCUAUAUUUUAAA